UCAGCUGACCGAACAGAUCGGUUCGUCAGUGGCAUAAGCAGCCUAAAAUAAGCCGAAAAAGAGGAUAAUAUUGGAUCAUAUUUGCCACAGAGGCCCACUUUCACUGUAAAACCUUCCAAAAGAAGGAAAUGUCCCAGUAGGACUGCUUUAGAGACACAUCAGCAUAAUGUCGGGGAACAACCUGGUUCUACCCAUAGUGCUAUGGGGCCGCACGGCUCCCACCCACUGCAUCAGCAGCCUACUGGUGAUGGACGACUUCAGCACCAUCAUCACCGGCUGCCAUGACGGACAGAUCUGCCUGUGGGACAUGACGCCUGAGCUGGAGAUUUGUCCCAGGGCCAUGUUAUUUGGUCACACAGCCUCCAUCACCUGUCUGUCUAAAGCCAGUGCAUGCAGUGACAAGCAGUACAUCGUCAGUGCAUCAGAAAGCGGGGAGAUGUGUUUAUGGGAUGUGAAUGACGGACGCUGUAUUGAGUUCACCAAGCUGGCCUGUGCUCACACUGGAAUUAAUUUCUAUCAGUUCACCAUUGGCACUGAGCGGGAGGGACGUCUGCUCUGUAACGGCCAUUACCCAGAAAUCCUUGUGGUGGACGCCACCAGCCUGGAGGUCCUGUACUCGCUGGUGUCUAAGAUCUCCCCUGACUGGAUCAGCUCGAUGAGCAUCAUCCGCUCCCACAGAACACAAGAGGACACCGUGGUGGCCGUGUCAGUGACGGGGAUUUUGAAAGUCUGGAUCAUCACAGCUGAGGUCAGCAGGAUGCAGGACCUGGACCCUGUGUUUGAAGAAGAGUCCAAACCCAUCUACUGUCAGGGCUGUCAGAGUGUUUCCUUCUGCACCUUCACUCAGAGCAGCCUGCUCGUCGUCUGUUCAAAGUACUGGAGGGUGUUUGAUGCAGGCGACUACUCAUUGCUCUGCUCGGUGCCCAGCGAGAACGACCAGGCCUGGACCGGAGGAGAGUUCAUCUCUGCAGACAGAGUCAUCAUCUGGACCGAAGACGGCUGCAGUUACAUCUACAAACUACCUGCCAGCUGUUCGCCUGCUAGUGAACAUUUCCGCAGCGAUGUUGGGAAAACCAAAGAAGGCUCAAUCCCUCCACUGAUCUACAGCAUCUCCGGCUUCUCAGACAAACAGCUCCUGAUCUGUCCUCCUGUGACUCGGUUCUUCUUCGGCCGGCGGGAGCCUUUCCAUAAGCUGCUGAUCCAGGGCGACUCAGCAGGGAGACUGUCCAUGUGGAGCAUCCCAGACGCCUCGCCUCCACAGCGGCAGUCCACAACUGCAGAGCUGCAGGUGUCGUCCACCGUCAGCCUCCAGGAGGCGUUUGAUAAGUUGACCCCCGUGUCUGCAGGAAUCAUUGACCAGCUCAGCGUCCUGCCCGGGAAAGAAGAACCCAUCAAGGUGACGGCCAGCGUGUACAUCCCCUCUCAGGGUCGCCUGGUGUGCGGUAGAGAAGACGGCAGCAUCAUCCUGGUCCCUGCUACUCAGACCGCCAUCGUCCAGCUGCUACAGGGCGAGCACAUGCUCAGGAGAGGCUGGCCGCCACAUCGCACCCUGCGCGGCCACAGGAACAAGGUGACAUGUGUCCUGUACCCGUACCAGAUCUCGCCCCGCUACGACCAGCGCUCGCUGGUGUCCGGUGGUGUGGACUUCUCCGUCAUCGUCUGGGACAUUUUCACUGGAGAGAUGAAGCACAUUUUCUGUGUGCAUGGAGGCGAGAUCACCCAGCUCAUCGUCCCGCCGGAAAACUGCAGCACCCGGGUGCAGCAUUGCGUCUGCUCGGUGGCCAGCGACCACUCCGUCGGCCUGCUCAGUCUCAGGGAGAGGAAGUGCAUCAUGCUGGCGUCUCGACACCUCUUCCCCAUCCAGGUCAUCAAGUGGCGUCCUGCAGACGACUACCUGGUGGUAGGAUGCUCCGACGGCUCCGUCUACGUCUGGCAGAUGGAUACAGGAGCCUUGGACCGCUGUGUGAUGGGUAUAACUGCUGUAGAGAUCCUGAACGCCUGUGACGAGCUCGCUCCAGCCACCGUGGACGCUCUGAGCCACUCGGCUGUGAACCUGAAGCAGGCGAUGACUCGACGCAGCCUGGCAGCCCUGAAGAACAUGGCCCAACACAAACUGCAGACGCUUGCCACCAACCUGCUGGCUGCAGAGAACGCUGACAAGGGAAACCAGUCGAAAUAUUCCCAUAAUGCCCUGGUUGUUCAGGCGAUGAAGACCAACCUGACCGACCCUGACAUGCACGUGCUGUUCUUCGAUGUGGAGGCGGUCAUCAUCCAGCUGCUGACAGAAGAAGCCCAGAGACCGAACCCCAUGCUGGUGUCUCCUGAGACGCUGCAGAAGAGUCAGGCUGGGGCCGACAAAGGGGGGUCCUUCCUGGCCAAUAAGAUCUUCAAACAGGUGAAAGAGACGAUGAAGGAGACCAUCAAGGAGCACCUUUUGGACGAAGACGAAGAAGAGGAGGAGGAGAUGAGGAGGCGUGAGGAGAAGUCCAAGUCUCUGAGUCUGCUGGAGUACAACCUAACGAUGGACACGGCGAAGCUGUUCAUGUCCUGUCUGCACGCCUGGGGUCUGAACGAACAGCUGGACGGCAUCUGCCUGGAGCGACUGGGCAUGCUCAGACCGCACUGCCCCAUCUCGUUCGGUCUGAUCUCCCGAGGAGGACACAUGUCGCUUAUGCUGCCCACCUUUAAGGAGUCCUUGCUUCGGCAGCUGUCCCUGAUGACCGGUCUGAAGCUGGCUCUGUCGGACAUCGUGGGGAAGGGGACAUAUGGCGUGUCGAGGGCUGUCACCACGCAGCACCUCCUGUCUGUGAUUUCACUCGCCAACACUCUGAUGGGCAUGACCAAUGCCACGUUUGUGGGAGAGCACAUGAAGAAGGCCCCAACCAGGCCUCCCAGACCAGGAGGAACCCCGGAGACUCCUCGCAGGGCACAGGCUGCCCCCCCUCAGCCCUCCAACCCGGCGCUACAGGCCCAGAUCAAACAAGCUGCCACAGCCAACACCAGCACUGUUACUUCUGCUACAACGGCUGGGGCUCUGGGGGCCCCUGGGGGCCGUCCUCAGGGGGCCCCUGGCUCCCCAAGCCCCGGCCCUGCUUCUUAUAACCUCCUCUCAGUCAAUGAAGGUUGGAGCCAGCUGGCAGCCAUGCACUGUGUGAUGCUUCCUGACCUUCUGGGCCUGGACAAGUUCAGACCUCCACUGCUGGAGAUGUUGGCGAGGAGAUGGCAGGACCGCUGUCUGGAGGUGCGAGAAGCGGCACAGGCUCUUCUAUUGGCUGAAUUAAGAAGGAUUGGCCAAUCAGGACGCAAGGACACCAUCGACUUGUGGGCUCCCUACUUACCUCAGUAUGUGGACACCGUCAGCUCUCCUGGGGCGACCACCGAGCCCUCCACUCCAGCCCCACCUCCUCCUGAGGCUCAGCCAAUAGAGAUAACGGCUCCUGCUGAAGAGAUGGAUGUCACAGAUGAUGACAUCACAGCAGGCUGUCUGUCCAACCUUCCCCCAAACGCCAAGAAGAUCUCAAACUCGUACGAGGAGCGCCGUAAACAGGCAACCGCCAUCGUACUCCUGGGGGUCAUCGGGGCUGAGUUCGGUGCUGAGAUUGAACCACCAAAGGGAUCUGUGCGGGCUCGAGCCGGGGGACAGGCUCCUGAGGGCUUUGGUCUAACGAGUGGAGGAUCGUCCAACUACUCACUGGCCAGACACACAUGUAAGGCUCUCACCUUCCUGCUGCUGCAGCCCCCCAGCCCCAAGCUGCCCCCCCACAGCACCAUCCGCCGCACCGCCAUCGAUCUGAUUGGCCGAGGCUUCACCGUCUGGGAGCCGUAUAUGGACGUGUCAGCUGUGCUCAUGGGACUGCUGGAGCUCUGCGCUGACGCCGAGAAGCAACUGGCCAAUAUUACCAUGGGUUUGCCCCUAAACCCCCCUGCGGACUCGGCCCGCUCAGCCCGUCACGCCCUCUCUCUUAUUGCUACUGCCCGUCCUCCGGCCUUCAUCACCACCAUAGCAAGAGAGGUUCACAGGUACAACGCAGCACAGGCAAACUCUCAGUCGCAGCAGAACGUUCACACCACCACUCUGGCCAGAGCAAAGACUGAGAUCCUGCGAGUGAUCGACAUCCUGAUAGAGAAGAUGCCCGGAGAUGUCGUGGAUCUGCUGGUCGAGGUCAUGGAUAUCAUCAUGUACUGUAUCGAAGGUUCUCUGGUGAAGAAGAAAGGACUGCAGGAGUGUUUCCCUGCUAUUUGCAAGUUCUACAUGGUUGGUUAUUGUGACCGCAGUCAUCGCAUAGCUGUCGGAGCUCGCCAGGGUUCAGUGGCUCUCUACGAUGUUCGUACUGGAAAGUGUCAGAACAUCCACGGUCAUAAGGGUCCCAUCACAGCCGUGUCGUUCGCUCCUGAUGGACGUUACCUGGCCACAUAUUCCAACCUUGACAGCCACAUCUCCUUCUGGCAGAUGAACACCAGUCUGCUUGGCAGCAUCGGGAUGUUGAACUCGGCUCCUCAGCUCCGCUGCAUUAAGACCUACCAGGUUCCUCCGGUUCAGCCCGCCUCCCCAGGCUCACAGAACCACCUGAAGCUCGCCCGCCUCAUCUGGACCUCCAACCGCAACGUCAUCCUGAUGGCCCACGACGGCAAGGAGCACCGCUUCAUGGUCUGAAGCAGAUCUGUAUCUCCAGCUGAGUCCAGACCUGGAACAGUGUCAGAGGUUUUUCCUCCAAAGUUUGUCUCAUUCUAGAAAUGUAACUUGAGAAAUUUGAAGGUAUCUACCUAAGGUUUGGCAAGAAACCCCAGUCCAGGUCCAGGUUUGUACUGGAUGAAUUUGUUUUAUCAUUCCUAGUUACCGUUGUAAGGAAACUCAUUGUGUGAUAUACUCAAAGCCGUGAUAGAAGGCUCGUUUACAUUGUGGUAUAAAUUUAUGUAUUUUUAGUUGUUAUCACCUUCUCCUCAUUCCUAUUUAUUUGCUUCGUGUAGCAGACUUCCUUUGCCGCCAUCUUGAAGCAGCCAUCUUGAGUCAUGGUGUUGAAAAUCCCAUUGGGUUUUUAAUUUAUUUCAGCAUCUUAUCAUGAAACACUUAACUUAUUAAAGGUUUUUAUGAAUGAUCUUUGCAGAAAAAUAUAUAUGAUGACAGCACUUCAAAGUUUAUGAACAUGUUUGGUUUUUAUUUUCUGCUCUUUGUUUCACAUCGCGUUGGAGUCCAAGAGUAAAAGAACUUAAAGAUGAGUUUCCCAUCCUGUUUGUGGAAGCAGGUGGAAGUGUAAAGACCCAUACUGAACCUUUGUUGGAGCACACAUUUUUUUCACAUUUCAUUGCUCAUUCUCAUGUGACUGCCUUCCUCUAAGGGUCUCUGCUUUUAUUUUUCUGACACCUUGAGAGCUCUCCCCAUCCUCAGUGAGCCUCACACAGGAACCUGAGCGUUAUGUGUUUACACCCCAGUGUAUUUGCACAAACACACAUUCUCACUUCAUCCUAAAAGCAUGGCCACAGUCGGCCCUUACACACUGGAGAUGCAGCAUCACUCAUUUAGGGUCCACAAUAACAUGAACUAGACCACUAGCCUAAUGGGCUGCUGCUCCUAACACAGUUAAGUGUUCCUUUAGUUCCUAUGACGUGGUUACUGUUUGGUGUAAAAAAAAAAAAAAAGAUGUCUCCAAGUUGGGAAGUAUUUUUAAAAUGUCCUCUUUUUCACCUUAUUGCAUGCAACCUUAACAAAACAUCAACCAUUUCCUUCGAGUUGCCAUGGAGACUCACUUUCAGUAAGAAACUUUACGGACUAAAUCGCUUUCCAAUGUCACCCCACGACUCUUAACUCAAACUUAUCUCUUGAACUAACAUUUGGUCAACAUCUUCGGGGGCAGAACGUGUCAUGUCACUCUCUUGCCUCCAGAUUUCCUUGAGUUCUGGUCCCUUUGAGUCUGUAGAAACUAAUCUGGAUGUUCAUGUGUUUAAUAGUUGGGGUAGUCUUCCUCCUUGGUUGUUCUGGUUUGAUUGUUUUCAGAUGAUAAAGCGUUAUAUAUCACUAAUAGAUGUGAAGGUUUUUGCUUUGACUUGAGGCAUUUCUCUUUCCGCAGUCUGCAUCGUUCUGACUUUCAGGAGGAUAUCUCUACAUAUAAAUGUGAACAUACUCAGUAAAUAUAUCAUCAGAGCUGCUUCUUGAUGUGGUCUGUUAAUCGUGAACAGUGGGCACUGAUCUCUGGUGUGUUCGUUGUGGCUAAUGUGAGUGCCUGCCUGGCAAUGACUAGUUCUUUACAUGAGAGGGUCUUCUCUCUUAGUGGAUUAAAAACUUUAUAUUUUCAUUUAAAUGUCAGCAUCAACCGUUUGGAGAAAUUAGAAGUGACUUUUUGCAUCUUCCUCCUUUUUUGCGUUUUAGCACGAUGCUUUACUGACCCAAGUUUUCCUAAACAUAAGCUGACAGAUCCACACAUAUAAAAGGUCUUUUGAUAAACGCCUAAAGUAGCUGAAGAAAUAGAAAAGCAGGAGAAAUAUAUGAACUUUGACCUCUCAGUGUUGCGUCUUUAGAUCUUUGUUUGAUGAAUCGAGAUAUUGACUGUCCUUUCAUUGUGGGGAACAAAAGGCUAAUCAUGAUCAUUUAUAGUUCUGUAUAGGUUAUUUUUCCGUUCUUGCAACAUAAAGAAACCUCAUAAUCAGUGCUAACUAUACUUAUUGAUAACUGUGGAUUUAAAUGAGGCAUGUAGCUUGUUAGCUUGUGGAACUAAACACACCUCAAGCCACCUCCUAAAUGACUGUGAUGUGAUUAAGUGUCAACGAAAUAGUAGAAAUUAAUGAGCCCCCUUUGUAUAGUGAAGAUAUUUAGUGAAAUGAAUGUCUGCUAAGUUACCAUAGCAACUGGGAUUUUAAAGAUAUCUCCGUUUACUACACAAACGUAAUGAAAGAGGGAGGUGGAAGUUACUGGAGGGUGUGUUUUCUGUCAGCAUGCUAACCCACUACUUGCUCUUUACUAUCAUCUGUCAUUUCCAGAAAGGAAACAUUGAAAAGUCCAAAUAUAAAAUCUGAAUUUCCAUUGUAAAGGACAAAAGCAAACUUAAUCAUCAUUUUCUGAAUUGUUUGCAUCUUCACUUUGAUUUUUGGAGCACAGUAUCGACACACAGCGUGUCUUGAAGUACGACUUGGCAUCUCGCCUGUAUCAGCAUUAUCUUUUUAUAGCGACCCUUCAACCAUUGUAGGUUAGUAGAAACAACAUUUUAUCUGCUUUUACUUCCUCAACUUGUCUCAGAGUCUGAAUAAAAAGGUGUAUUGUGUGUCGGUACACUAUGACACCAUACAACCAAUUCACCUUUUAGGUCGCCCUGCAUGACUUGGUGUGACUGGCAGCACAUUUUUGCACAUUUCUCUGUUAGUGUGGAGCUUCUAGUUUGGAAAAGCUGCCCCUGUUUUAGUGCUGAGAGUUUUAUUUAGAGAGAAAGAUAUAUACAGAUAUAAAUAUAUACACAGAUAUGAUAUUUAUAGAGAUGUUUUUCUCUGAGCUUCAAUGUUUUUACUUUCAUU